AAUUUUUUUUUCUCCCUUGUUUUUUUUAGCCUUCACUUACUUCCCUUGUAAAAAAAACGUUUUUUUCUUUCGCGGUAUUAGGACCAAAUCACUCAUCGAUUUUUUUCAGUUAUUCUUCUUUGGAGUCAUCAACUUUAAAAGAUAGUUUAUAAACAUGGCUACUGGUACUAAAGCACCUUUUGGCGCACCAACUGCUGAAAAUGGUGCUUCUGGAAAUACUGGAACCGCUGGAAACGCAGAAAACUCUAACCACCAACAAAAAGCUGAGAGACCUCCUGUCGUGUCCAGGUCACAGAGGGCCGGCUUGCAGUUUCCUGUUGGUCGUGUUCAUCGUUAUUUGAAAAAAAGAACUUUAAAUAAUGCCAGAGUCGGUGCCAAAGCAGGAGUCUAUUUAGCAGCUAUUUUAGAAUAUCUUACAGCUGAAGUACUUGAACUGGCAGGAAAUGCUUCAAAGGAUCUCAAAGUGAAAAGAAUUACACCUCGUCAUUUACAGCUUGCAAUUCGAGGUGAUGAAGAACUUGACACGCUGAUUCGAGCUACAAUUGCCGGUGGCGGUGUAUUGCCGCAUAUUCAUAAAAAUCUUCUUAAUAAAUCAAAUCAAAAGUCAAAAAAGUCAUCGUAAAUCAUUAAAGAUAGUAUAUGCUACAGGAUCCAGAAUGUAAAUAUUUUGCCCUCUUGAACUACCCUAUCUUGUUUAAUAUAAUUAAUACGUUAAUUUCGUAACCACUUUCUAGUAUUAGGUAGUUGAUCGGAAUAUUAGACAGAAAGUUAAUAAAUCCUCGGAUGCGGUUAACGUUGAAAUUGCACUUUAUUGCUAUUCUUUUAAUAUUUUGUCUAUUAUAAUGUUUUUGCAAUAAGUGCUUACGAUCCCCGUAUUAUGGAUUUCUUUUUUUUUCAUUAAAGAAAUAAAUAAAUACAAAAUAUCAUUUUGUAUUUUCUUUUUUUUUUUUAAGGGUAAAAAA